AUGAUACUCGAACCGAAAGACUUCCCGCAAAUGUGGCAAAAGCCGUCAAGUGAUGACUUACUCAGCACACUGAAGCAACUGGAACUUAGCCCUCCGGUAUGGAGUCACAAGCGCAGGCGAUCCGAUAUCAUUCAUGAGCAAGAGGCCACGGCAUAUUUUCGACGCGAAGUAACGAUGUACCUGUCGUCCAUUAUCAAGAGUGGUCUCUCCUGGAUCGAGGACGAUGACAAGAAGGAGGAAGUAUGGUCAGAGGCUAGCCGCAGGAUGACGGAACGAUGUGGAAGAACAGCCAUGGGCGAGAUUAUCCGGCGAUGGCCCUUCAGAGAAGAGGACCUCACGCCAACAUUUGAGCUCAUCAUCCGGGAGCCGCCCCUGACCGGCGACUCACUUGGUCUUAAGACUUGGGGCUCUUCUUACGUUCUUGCCAAGCACUUGCCAUCUAUCGGUUCGACAGCUCUCUUCCGGCUUUUUGACGAAUCUCUGGGCGAGCCGCGGCCAUCAGUCUUAGAGUUAGGUUCUGGCACAGGCCUACUUGGACUUGCGGCGGCAGCUUUGUGGAAGGCCCAUGUGAUUCUGAGCGACUUGCCAGACAUCAUGUCGAAUCUCUGCCAUAACGUCGAGGCCAACCGUACAACGGUGGAGAAGCUGGGAGGUUCAUUGAACGCUGGUGCGCUUACUUGGGGUGGCUCAGGGGAUGAUGAAGUUGACCAGGACCUCUUUGGCAAAAGAAACCAAUUCAAGGUUGUCCUCGCUGCUGAUCCCCUUUACGACGACUGUCAUCCAGGGCUUCUAGCAGGUGCUUUCUCUGAGCAGCUAUCAACCACAGACGAGGCCCGCGCAGUUGUAAUGGUCCCACUACGAGACGAAACCACCAAAAAGCUUCUCAAGGCUUUCCGAGAUGCUAUGGGAAGCCAAGAAAACCCUCUACUAUGUAUCGAGGAAGGAACACUCGAUGGCCAGGAUGACUGGGGUGAGGACAAGGAGGGCACCGACGUGACUUGUUGGUGGGGAAUCUUUGCACGCAAGCAGCAAGCUUGA